GUCACCAUAUGUCUUCACCAAACCAACAUUUCAAUGAUGCCAAUGGUUACGAGAUCCCUUUGUCUCAUAAUAAUGAUUACUCUAAUUGGAGUGAAUAUUUGGUGACCUCAGAAAUAAUUCCUCCUUCCUCUUCUGCAAUUUCGUCUCCCAUCAUAACAAAUAAUGAUGAUUUUGCUCCUUUAACUUCAAAAAUUAAAUUACUUUCUUCAACUUCCACCGCUUUAAAACCAAUUCAACCAACAUUUACUAAAAUAUUGUUCCGGAUUCAAAAAUCACAUCAAACUAAAACUACUGGUGGUCAAAAGAGAAAGGUUGAAGGUAUAGAAGAAAAAGAACAAAGACAACGUGAAAGAAUACUUCAAAAUCAACAUGCAGCACAAAUAUCAAGAGAUAAAAAAAGAAAACAAAUGACUGAUUUAGAGGCACAGAACACAGUUCUUAAAGAAAAUAUACAUUUAUCAAAAAGAUUAAAGACUGUAGAAGAAGAAAAAUUAGUUUUAUUAACUAAAUUAGAUAAAACAACAUCAACAGAACCAUCAGAUCCUAUCAUUUCAACAAAUACUGAAACAAGCCUUGUUGACCUUUUUGAUAGCUUUUUGGACUAUGAUUGGGGGUUAGGUGAAAAUUCUUCAUCACAACAUUUAAAAUCGCCCGUAAAGACUUUACAUGUACCUGAAGCAUGUUCCACAUGA